AUGACGUCGACGACCCGGCAGCACCUGCUGGGCGCGGCGGCCAUCAUUACUCUGGCCGCCAUCAGGUUGGCUUCCGGAGCGGCGCUGGUGGGCGGGUCGUGCACGGCGUCGUCCUCGGGCGGGUGCGGCGCCGGCCUGCGCUGCACCAGCUGCGUGCCUCCGCCGGGGACGGGCCCCGCCGCCUGCGCCAGGACGACGCCCAUCGACCCCAAGGCACACGGAGCCGCGCUGCCCUUCAACCGCUACUCGUGGCUGACCACCCACAACUCCUUCGCCAUCGUCGGCACCAGGUCGCCGCUGGGCUCCGCCAUCAUCUCGCCGCCCAACCAGGAGGACUCCGUCACCAGCCAGCUCCGCAACGGCGUGAGGGGCCUCAUGCUCGACGCCUACGACUUCAACAACGCCGUCUGGCUCUGCCACUCCUUCAGCGGCAAGUGCUUCGCCUUCACCGCCUACGUGCCCGCCCUCGGCGUGCUCAAGGAGGUGGAGGCGUUCCUGGCGGCCAACCCGUCGGAGGUGGUCACCAUCUUCCUGGAGGACUACGCAGCGCCGGGGUCCCUCAGCAACGUCUUCAACGCCGCCGGGCUCACCAAGUACUGGUUCCCGGUGGAAAGGAUGCCCAACAAGCCGGGCGCCGAGUGGCCGCUGCUCAAGGACAUGAUCGCGGAGAACCACCGGCUGGUCGUCUUCACGUCCAAGCGAGGCAAGCAAGGGAGCGAAGGACUGGCAUACCAGUGGGACUACGUCGUCGAGAACCAGUACGGCAGCCAGGGUUUGGUUGAUGGCACAUGCCCCAGCCGGGCCGAGUCGAAGCCCAUGGACUCUACGACCCAGUCUCUGGUGCUGAUGAACUUCUUCACCACCAACCCCAGCCAGAGCUGGGCCUGCGGCAACAACUCGGCGCCGCUGGUCAGCAGGCUCAGGACCUGCUAUGACGCCGCCAGCAAGCGCUGGCCCAACUUCAUCGCCGUCGACUUCUACAUGAGGAGCACCGGCGGCGGAGCUCCCCUGGCGACGGACGUCGCCAAUGGCCGCCUCCAGUGUGGAUGCGACAGCAUAGCAUACUGCAAGUCAGGGACAUGCGCUAUGCCAUCUCCUCCUCCUCCGGCAGCGGCAGCGGCACCGUCUCCUGGUCCUGUUCCUGGUCCUGGCCCAGGCCCAGCAGCAGCUCCAGCUCCAACUCCAAGCAUCAUCUUCCUAUCAUCGUCGUCACCUGGGCCUGCUGCAUACGCCAAAUAAUUAAGCCGCGCAAUGGAGGACGAGGAGGAGGAGAUCUACUCCAUCUAUCCAUUUCUUCUUUGGGCUCAUGUAGCACUAGUACAGAAAAUCUCAUUUAUUUUUUAUAUUUAUCCUGCUGGGUCCGAAACUAAUCUAGACAUUAGUCUCGCGUCCAACAGCUAAGACCGGGAGGGCUUUUAGUCCCCAUUGG